GAGCGAUAUGGCUUUACUUUCUUCCUCAUGACGACAAACAUCUGCAAAACCAUCGCGCAUUUCCAGACGAGGCCGUUGGUCGCGCUCAACUCUACUUUCUAAUGCAGCAACAUCUCCUUUAAUUUUGAAAUUGAACUCCCGGCAUGCCGUCUUCAUUCCUAUAAUUGAACAACUUCUAAUAUAAGCCACACUAGCCUGAUGAGUCAAACGUAGUUUUUGCACAAGUGCUGAUUGGGAACAUCGAGCGAUAUGGCUUUACUUCAUCCUCAUGGCGGCAAGCGUCCGCAAAACCAACACGAACUGCCAGACCAGGCCAUUGACUUACGUUACUAAUGUCCACGCAAGCAUCAGAACGGUGGGCAAUUGGUCACUGGUUGUCAAUUCAUUCGUACCCGCAGAAAUCUUAGCUCCGGCUAUGCACCGCCUACGGCGAGGAAAUAUCCUCCAUCCCAAUCAGAGAGAGACGCCGCAAGCCUUGCGAAUGACAUUCCCCAGCCACUCAGAAUCGUUGAUCUCCCAUACGAUCCUGUCUCCAGCGCGGACCAGCUUUCCCCAACGCAGCCCAUCUACGCCAUCGCCCGCGUUUUGCGUAACAAAGAAAAGAAUGGUACUCUCACCGACGCCAUUAAGAAGCAGAGCAUGUCUACCUUCGUCAUCUUGCUCCCAGGGACAUCGGAGCCACCGAGAGGUCCGGGACCGAAUAGAACAGUUUGCAAUUGCUCGAUGUUUGCAUGCUGCAUUGACCAACUGUUGUCCAUGACCGUGUCGUCGUCCUAGUCUUUCCAUCCGAGCGAAAACAUUGCACGCCAUCCGUUCCGUCCGGCUUUCGGACGCGAGAGUUCCGAAUGAAUACGAUAGAUCACGUUGAAAUCGUAUUCCGUGCGAAACAUGCUCGAAGCGCGAUGGU